GUCCAACAUGCCCAGCAAUGGAAGCUCAGAAACGUUUUGGAUUGCCUGAAGUCGAUGAAACUCUUAUGAAGAGAAUUAUUGCUAUUGAUGGUGACAUAUCUCUGCUGAAUCUGGGCCUCUCAGAUGAUGCCUACAAUCUCCUUGCACCAGAAAUUGACUUUAUAAUUCAUGCGUCAGCUGAAGUCAAUCUGAUAUUUCUUUUUCACUCGCUCUACAAAGAUAAUGUGAAGGCCACCAAAAAUAUCAUUCAGUUUGCUCUACACAACAAAGUCAAGCCUAUACACUACAUAAGUUCAAAAGCAGUAUUUGCCGAUGGUAUGUUGGGUUGCGGUGAGGACAGUGACAUGUUUGCACAUGUGGAUCGUCUUCAAAGUGGUUACGGCCAAACUAAAUGGCUGGCCGAGCAACUUGUGUUGCUCGCUGCUAAAUCUGGAUUGCCAUGUGUUGUUUACAGAUUUGGCAAUCUAUCAGGCAGUACUAAGAGAGCCAGUUGUAAUCCGUCAGAUUUCACUCUGUACAUGAUCCAGGGUGUCAUCAGAACUGGGGCAGUGCCUGACAUCAAAUGGAAGAUUGAAAUGACACCAAUUGAUUUUGUGCAAGAAAUGUUUGUGGAGAUGUAUUUGGAUCUGAAUAACAUAAUGGGGGAAAUCUUCCAUUUUGUAGAUGAUGACCAGCUUCCAUGUGAGGAAUUGUGGAAACUAAUGGAGAGAAGAGGCUACAAUUUGAAAUCACUGCCUUACAACGACUGGGCCAAACAAGUGCAUGCCAACAAAGACUUGAAACCUCUGUCACAUCUACUUCAAUCCCUGGCCAAGAAUGAAAAUUACUUCACCAAUCUGGCUGAAUUGAAAAGAGAGAGACUGAAUUGUUUCAUUGAAAAGAGAAAGGUGACAUACCCGGUAGCCGAUGCUGAGCUCUAUAGCAAAUACCUUGACCAUCUCCACCAAUUGGGAUGCAUUCCUGUGGCCGCUAAUAGUCCCAAUAAGUCAGAAGCAAGUGCAGAGAUUGACACAGAUCUGAGCGGUAAGAUAGUUUUGGUGAGUGAAGCUUCCUCAGAUAUUGGAGCCGCCAUUGCUGAGAAGCUGGCUCUGUGCAAUGCCAAGGUCACAAUGUUUGAUACAAAUUUGGAGAAGUUGGACAAUUUGAAAGAAAAAUUCGAGCAGGCUGGAGCUACCCAAGUGCUCGCUAAGAAGGUUGAUGUUACUAGCACAAUUGAGGUGAAAUAUGCAGUCAAAAUGUUUGAAAGGUGCUGGGGUCCAGUUGAAAUUCUAGUGGACAAUGGGAACUGCAUGUAUUAUCAGGUGAUGAAGAACUGCGACGUUGUCAAGUGGUGCAAGAUGGAAGAUGUGAAUGGCAAGGGAUCGCUCAAUUGUCUGGCAGCUGUUGUUGGAGGCAUGGCUGAGAGGAAAAGUGGCCGCAUUGUCAAUAUCACAUCAGAUGCUGUCAAAGUUUUGAUGGAAAAUUUGAUUUUUCUAGUAGUGUGGAGACUCUGAACCCAUCAGAUGUGGCUAAUGCAGUGGUAUCUGCCCUCAAGCAGCCAUUUUCAUUAUGCCAUUUUAUUGAAGUAAUCAACAGGUACUCAAUAAAGUACUCAAUAUUUCACUUCUAUUGGCACAUUAUUCAUAACAAUACUAUACUAGUGAUUUCCACCAAGGAUCUAUUAUCAUAAUAUUAGUCUUAUAUCCAAAGUGAAGUAGGUACUCCUUUUUGUAGGAACCAAUAAUCUUGUCAUCGAAUAAUAGCAUUAGAUUUUUUCAUAGUUUUUCUAUUUUUCUAUUGGAAUGAUUAAUUUUCUGAUUGUUACAUGGGUAGGCCUUUAAAUAUUUUCAAUUAUAUUGUUUGUUUUGAUUGAUGUGAAUCACAAAUUGUGUGUAGACUUGAGUAUUGUAGAAGUAGAGGUAAAAUUUGUUGAAAUAUGUUACCUGCUCAAUAUUCCAUAGUAAAUUAAUUCUUGAUGCAGUUAUCAUGAUGUUGCAAGGGAUUAUUACAAUAUAACAUACUUAAAAUCGUAAUAUCAUAUCUUAUUUUCUAAAUAAAAAUAUCAAAAUUAGUAUUGUAGUUGAAAUAAACUCAACAAAACUGUUGUAGUAACUUAUACUGAUACAAUUCGAAACUUUUCUUGAUUUCACUUUUUUUAUCAGUUAUUUAUUGUUACAAUAUUAUUAAUGCAUAUUUUAUUAUUUGCUAUAGUAUUUCCAAUGACUUCUUAUUCUAAUUUGGUUGUCUUAGUUUAUUACAAAUUAUUGAUUACAAUUUUGUAGAAGUAGUGGUAGAAUCUGUUGGAGUUUCAGACAUGUUUGAUUUUUCAUGACAUAAUUUUCUAACAUAGAGUAUAGUAAAUCACUCACUAAUAUUUCUAUUAGUCUGUUGACAUAUUCCUUUAUGAUUGAACUCUAUAAUCC